GAAAAGAGGAAGCAGCACUGGUGAAUGUCAGUGCUAUGUGUCCUCCCCUUGCCAUCUUAAGGAGGAUCUCUUGACAGUCUGAGAGUAGCUGUCAGUCUGUCGCAAACUGUUUCAGCAAGGCCGUGUCACCCCGAAGACAGGAAAAGAAAAGAAUCCAUUGAGAAUGUCAAGCUCUCUGGUUGUGUGCGAAGUGGAUGAAAGUCUGAAAGAUAAACUGAAAAAGUUUAGAUUUCGAAAAGAGACCAACAAUGCUGCCAUACUGAUGAAAAUAGACAUGGAGAAACAGCUUGUUAUCCUUGAGGAGGAAUACGAGGACAUCUCACUGGAUCAGUUGAGAGAUGAACUUCCAGAGCGGCAACCCAGAUUCAUUGUCUACAGCUACAAAUAUGUUCAUGCUGAUGGCAGGGUGUCUUACCCUCUGUGUUUCAUAUUCUCUAGCCCAAUGGGAUGUAAGCCAGAGCAACAGAUGAUGUAUGCAGGCAGCAAGAAUCGACUGGUCCAAGCUGCAGAGCUCACAAAGGUCUUUGAAACAAGAAACGCUGAUGACUUGACAGAGGAAUGGCUGAAGAACCAACUGUCAUUUUUUCGCUGAAUAUGCAUCUCCCAUAUUUCCUGUACUAUCAGUUUCUUUGUGAAAUAUGCCCCUUGAUUUUAAUUUUGAAUUGUUAAGUAUGCUAUUGCUAAUAAAUGGCUCUACUGUGCAUAAUCAUGUUUUGAAAUUUUUGCAUUAAAACCAUACUCAUAUUGGA